CCGGCCAAAAAGAAACAAAUUCAAAUAUUUAAUUUUUAUUGUUUCAAAAAGCUUUCGUUUAUUAAACUUUUCUUCAAUAAAAAUAUUUUAAAUUAAAUUAGAGCGUGAAUAGUUUCUUUUUCAUAAAAAGAAUCCACCAAAAAUCUACACAGUAGCCAGAGCUACCACAACAGCAGCUUUAUAACUUAAAUAAAAUCAUAAUUUAUGAAAAUAAAUUAAAACUGCAGACAUAAAACUGAAAAUAACUAUAGCAAAACAGCGAAACUAGAAAAAAAGCUCAUAAAUAAAACAUAAAUUAAACUUCAAACAAAAGAAUUACAAGUUUUCUACAAUAGAAAAAAGAAAAUUAAAAGAAAGAAACAAACAAAAAAACACAACCAGAAGCUUAACAGAAAAAUUAAAAAGGAAGUGCAAAACGUUUCUUUUUUCCUCUACAAACAAGAAAUAAAUACAUGUAAAUAGAUUUGAAAAUUUCAAACAACAAGAACAACAAAAUGGAAAUCAUGGCUAACACAAAUAAUCAUAAUCAAAAAGAAUUACGUUUAUAUGUUCCAAAUGAGCAGCAAACCACAAAUUCCACACAAUUAACAAGUGGUGGUGCUAGAUCUCCCUUUCAGCGAGAGGUGCGUGAAUGGCAACGUAUUGAUCCGGAUACAGGUGCAUUGCUAACAGGACGUCUAGAAGCAGAUCGUUGGAUAAAUGGACCAUUAAAUAAAUAUGGCAAGAUAUCCGAUUCCCAAAAUAUCUCACAACCCAAUGGCACCCAACAGACACAACGCAAACAAUUAGAAGUAUUACAAACAUGCACUGCUGCUGGCGGAGCAUUGCAAGUGAUACGACAAACAACAUCAUCGCGUUGGUCAACGUCCUCAGCCUCGGCAUCACCAUUAUUAUUAUCGGCAAACACAUCACCCAUACCACAGCCAGUAAAUAGAAAAAAUCACAACAACAACAACAGUAAACAUAGUUUUAAACAAAAAACACACACUGCCAACAAUACUUCCAAUACGAAAAACACUAUAAUCUCCUCCUCUUCCUCACCCACCUCCACUCCUUUCAUUGCCAAUACAACAGCAUUAUUGACUAAUGGUUUUAAUCACAAACCUCAUCAUCAGCAACAUCAUUUUGAUCAGUUACAACAGCAGCAGCAGACGCCACAAGAAAAGUUGCAACAACAGCAAUAUCCUUAUAGUUUAGUUAAUGGUAUUAGCAGUAGUAGUCGCAAUAGAAAUUGGCCAGAUUUAACGGAAAGUAUAUCCACAUUGGAUAUUUGUGAUAAUGAUCAUGAUAAUGAACAUGAUCAUGACAAUGAUUAUAUUGUACAUGAACAACACUCAACAGAUGAUGAUCACCAAAGCGACGAUAAUGACAAUGAACAUGAUGACGAUUCACUAAAUGAAGACACGAAUGAUCGCAAUCAUUAUUUAUUGAAUAAACGUAACAAUUUGAAAAAUGUCGACUUUAGCAAACGUCAUUCAUUUACGGUAUUUACAAAUAGUAACGAUGAUCAUGACUCACAUAAUCAUCAUCAUUAUAAUCCGCACCACAACAUCAGCCACAGCAAUAAUAACUUAAGUCGUGAUAGUAGUAGUGGUAGUUGUAGUAAUAAUAAUCAAUUAUUUCUGUUGGAUACGGCGCCAAGUUUAAAGUUAAGUAAUCUAAUGAAAAGUAGUUCCAGCCUAUCGAAUAGUUCAAAUAAUUCUACGACUGCAUCUCAAGCUACAACGAAUCCAACGUCAAUGAACACCCACAAGAGUAUGGCAACAACAGCAAAUAAAAUAAGCCUACAUGCAAUUGUUGGCAGCGGCAACAGCAACAAUAACAUGACAACAACAUCAUCGACACCAUCACCAACAACAACGACACGACCAUCUUGGCAACAACCUACCUUAUAUAGACAAAACAGCCACAAUAACAACAACAAUAACAGCAGCAACAAUUUAAUGAAAUCACGCGUAGGUGACAAUUCAACAAACAAUUGUUGUAGCAGCAGCAAUCACAGCAGUAGUAGUGAUGAAUCUCGUUCAUAUAUUGGUAAAACUGAAACAGAUCUUCGUCAUCUACAACAACAGCAGAGGCAAUCGUUGUCAUCGUCGUCGUCGUCUCCCAAUCACUAUCAGCAGCAACAACAACAGCAAAUACAUUUUAAACAGAACGAUAGAUUGACACCAACGCAUUUGCCACAUUCGUACCAUCGUGUCGAUUUGGAAAGUUUCCGGCAUUAUAAUAAUAAUGACAACAACAACAACGAUGCUGUUGCUGCUGCUGAUGAUGAUGGUUUACGACUCUCUUCUCGUCAUCUGCGUAGACAACAAACACCCAACGAACCAAUAACUACUACUACACUACAACGAUCACGUUCCAUAUCCACUGACGACCUCAGCACCGAGUGGGAUAUACAAGGUGUUGAUAGUGAAGAACCAGCCGAGUGGCGACGUGUAAGUAAAUUAAGAAGAUCUUUUCAAUCUUCGACAAAGACCAAUCAAUCAUAUAGUUCACCUUUAACAACAAGACGGCCUCUUGAUUUACCCACUAACUCGGUGAGUGUAUCGAAAAUAAGAGCAGAGUUGGAGAACGGACGCAGACUUAAUACAGUCAUGCGUAAUAAUCAUGUAGAUUUGGCGGCCCUAAGUAGUAUAUUAAAUGGUAACGCUGAUAAGGAAUGCAAAUCACCUUCGACAGCCAAACGUAGUUCAUUUCUAACGGCCGAAUCGCUUAAGGAGAUUAGAGGAAAAUUAAAGAAAUUAUCCGAUGAAUCUUUGUAUAAGGAAGAUUUUCUUAUUAAACAACCCAACAACGACGCAAAUCCCGUGGUGGAACAUAUUGUAAAUGAUCAAACGAAAUUGAAAAGAAAUUACGAAAAAAGUCCUGAAAGAUAUAGGGUUACGAAUCAAUCGGAGGAGGUUAAUAGUAAACAUACCACCAAUAGUUUGGAAUCUCGCUUAAAAUAUAGAGAUACUAACUCUACGGAUUGGCAUAUAAGACGUAAAUCAUAUGGUUUUGAAAAAAUGUCUCCACCCGAAAAGGCCAUGCUAAGAAUGGAUGCUUCUACGGAUAGUGGUUUGGGAAGAUCGGGAGAAUUACAGAAUUGGUCUCCCACUUCGGAAGCAGCAGCCGCUAAUCGUACGGUAGUGCAUUUUGGAGAAUCAACUAAAGUUGCUGCAGUUCCGGCGGUACAAAGACGCUAUAGGCCUCAGAAAUCCCAAGAGGAAUCAGAAAAUUCCCCUGAAGAAGAUUCGGCAGUAUCGAAGAGACACUCUAUAGCGGUGGAUGAGAGCCAAUAUGUAAAAGACAAUUCGCGACAAACUACCCAAAUACAUUUGAAUGGUUUCUAUGAACCGGGCAACUAUUCCAAACUAAUACACUCUAGUGAAUCGACUACCACUAAUGACCGAGGUCAACAGAAACGAGUGGAGUUUAGCAAAACUGAAGUACACUUUGCUACCGAAUCGGGACGAGUUAAUAUAGUGGAAACCGAUAGUAAACCACCACCAACUAAUAAUUUUCGCAGACGCCGCAGCCGCAGUUCUAGUGUGGGUCCCUUACAAAGUCUAGUGAAAUCGGCCACUACUGUAAACACCACCACUACAACUUCCAACUCCUCGGUAGUGGCCUCUUCCGUGGCUAUGCCGGUUACAUUAUUUGGAGAUGAUAAUAGUAAAAAGAAGACAAUAGCUUCGACUACCGUAGCUUAUCGAGCGCCCUUGGUAGGUUCUCCCGAACCUAAAGAUAUUAAUGGUAUUAAUGUUACCGUUACAUUGCCCUCAAACAACGACACAUUUAACUAUAACGAAAGUUCACGCAGUAGUUAUGCUUCUACUAGUGGUGUAGAUACCACCGAUUGUGAUACCGAUGAAAUGACCUCUCUAAGAGGUAUUCUCAAAAAUAAACCCGCUAAACCUAAACCUUAUGUAUUAGGUGAGAAUAUCGAUAAACCCGAUGAUCUAUGGGGAGUACAAUUGAAACCUGUUAAUAACAUAACUAAAACCGAAAGAGUAUACAAAUCUGAAUCUCCUCCCUUAAUGAACUCUUUAAGUCAAAAAUCUGUAGCUGAACGUAUACAGGAAUUAGGCUCAGCUGCUUCUACUCAGUCUAAUGGCUUUUCCACAAAAAUCAAUGUGAGUCUUGGCAAUAAUGCAGCUGCUAAUAACAAUUGGGAAGAAACUGGUCUUAUAACUGCCACGAAACGUCAAACAAAUGUUCAAGAACUACUAAUGCACGAUCUCAAAGAACAUCAGAAAAUUCUUGAUGAAGGUUUAAAGUCGACUACUUUGAUUAUUAAAACUAUGCGUUCGGCCAACGAAUUCGAUGAGGCCAUGCGGAGAUUAAGUAUGGCUUCCAUAGAGGCGGCUGUGGUCAAACCGACACCUAUGUUAAGAUCUAACAGUUAUCAGGAAUCGACACAAUCAUUUGACUACAUGCAACCCGAUUAUGUGGAUGGUAAAAAUCUAUAUAAAUCUACUAGUUAUUCCUCCACAACAUCUUGGUCUUCGUUGGCCUCUUCGCGCAAGUAUUCGCAAGAUUCUCGCAAAACUUCCACCGAUUCGGGUGCCUCAUUUCCACGCAAAGAUUCUAUGCCACGUUUAAGUUUUCUAGGCAACGAACAGAUGCCAGUGAGUCAACAAUUACAACGUUUACGUUUGAUUUAUGAUGCUGCCACUGUAUCACCCGAUGAGGACAGUGCCGAUGAAGAGGUUAAGAGUUAUUUUAGGGAACAAGUUGAUAGUGAUAGUGGUGGUGGUACCCAGGAUAGUUCGUCAUAUGAAGAUGAUCUAUGUUUGGAAAAUACUAAUAGUUGGAGUCGUUUAAAGGCUAGAAAGACUAUAUGGAAAAUCGAUACGGAUAAUGGUGGUGAGAGAAGUUUAAGGAAAACAUUGGAUAAAACAGAUCUUCCUAAAUCGAAUGUAAUGAGCAUUAAACUACACUCACCACAAGCCUCAAAUGAACUGCAACCACCCUUGAAAGUGGUGCCACCUAUAGCCAAGCCCAGAAUCAUAACAAAAAUACAAGAGUCUCAGCCCCCAAAACUACACAAUGCCACAACCGUCAAACAGACGCCCUACCAAACCAGUCUACCCACCAAGGAUUCACUGAAAAUCAUCAAAGAAGCCCGUGGUGCCCGUCAACUACGCGAACAUGAAUUAUCCUAUUUUGGAGUACCACUCUCGACUUCGGAAGACGAAAAACCCAAAUCGAAAUACACAACGAAUACAAAUUUUAGAAAUUCACCCAAACGUUCUCUGCCCUUAAGGAAACUAAGUGAUGAAGAAAGUUCCUUUGCCAAGGGGUCACACGAAGAAGGAGAACAAUGGCAAUUGGAAAGUGACAAACCAGAUCUAUUGAAACACAAUGCCAUAGAAGUGAAACCGGCCGAGCGCAAAAGCUUGAAAAAGAAAGCUGAGCUAGACGAGGAAGACGAACAUUUGUAUGAGAAUAUAGCCAAUGAGCUAACACCGGUGUUUAAGGUAAAAGCUGGCUCUCCAACAGAGCAGUAUGAUCGUAAAAUGGAUUUGAAAAGAGAUGCCAUGAUUUUGAGUGAAAUGAACAAGACGGCCGAUCAAACUUUAAAGGAUAUCUCUGAUGAGGCAGCCCUAAAGGAUCGGCGCCGACGUUCUCUACAGAGACGCAAUUCCAAACCACUCGAAACCAUAGAUGAAAAAUCCAUAGCCGAGAGAAUAAAUGAUACCUGUAUAGCGGUUAAAAUAUCUCGUGGCACUUACUCAUCAGAAGCUAAGAAAACUUCACGCCAUUCUACACCUUCUCCCUCGAACAUUAAAAGUUCGUCACGAGAACGUACCUCUUCUCAAUCUUCGGUAGAAUGUUGUCCUCGAGCUAGAUCUCGUUCUUUGUCUAGUGAAAAAGAAUAUGAUAAUGCUAAAGCCAAACCAAGCAGAUCGACACAAAUAGUGAAGCAUAAAGCCCAGAAACCGUCACAAAGUCGUUCUAGUUCUUUGGACUCACAAAGAUCAGCUCACUCGCAAUAUUCCUCGGGAGAGGAACAACAGCAGCCCGUACGCUCUGCUGGUAGUUUUAGGCGAGAAGAUCGUUCUCGCACCAAAACUAAACGUAUUACUAGCUCAACUUCUUCCAUUACACGAGACAAACAUCGAGAUGAAAAAACCAACACAAAGGCAACAUCUCAUCAACAGCAUCAUCAUCACCAUGGUGAUUCAAAGCGUUUAUCAAGUACCACGCAUUCUUCGUCAACCAGAGAACGCGUUGAGUGCAAACCAGAUAAUGCUAACGGAUCUUCGUCACACAAACAUCAUAACAGUUCGUCGGGACUACAACGUUCCACGGCCAUCUCUAGCAGUGGUCGUCGUCAGCGUGAGGAUCUUAGAGAUUCUCAAAGAAUUAAACGUUCUACGGCUACUACUGCUUCGGGUCGUUCGACUAGCGAACGCCAUGAUAAACAUGAUCAGACUUCCAGUAAACAUGCUACACGUUCUGUACGCGGCGAUGAUGAAAGAAAUAGUGCACAUCGUUCGUCGUCACAUCGUUUAGAACGUGGUGAUAAGGAGAACGGCAAAUCGUCAUCAUCACGAUCGACAAAGGGUCACUCCAGUCGUUCCACAUCCAAACAUCACCAUGAAAGAUCUACGAAUCCUGAGAAAUCUAUACACAGCAGCACAAAAGAUUCUUCUAAAACGAAGUCGACGGCACAAACUGAAAAUACGACGUACGUAAGCGUAACGAAUUUAACACAUAUACAAAACGAACAAAGAGAUAGUUUAGUAAAAAAUGAAGUUAAUUGCGAAAGUGCUAGUGAAAACCAAAUUUAUAGCGAUAUAGCAGAAAUAACAAACGAUAAUAAAAUUCCACCGGCUAAACCUCCGCGUAAGAAACGCAAACAAUCUCUUAUACCCAUAGCUAUACCCGCCAGACCUGAUAGGGAACCUCCCCUUCCGCCUUUACCACCUUCCGCCCUUAACACACAAACACCUAACAGUGAUUCUCCUACUUAUGAGUAUAAAAUAGUAACUAAAAAUAUUCCACCUUCCUAUUCCAAUCAAAGUACUUUGAGAAAAAGUUCUUUACCCCGACCCACUAGUCGUUUAGCUAUGUUAGUUAAGGCUAGAAAACCUUCCCUUAAACAUACCCAAUCCACUUCCUCAUCAUUUGCCUUUUUGCCCUAUCUACCGGCCAAACGUAAUUCGGAUGUUAGUCAUGUCUACGAUAACUAUAUGUUAUAUGCUGUACCAGCCGCUAUUAAUACAAAGGCCUAUAAACAAAAUCUAGUUAAUGAUCAUGCGCAACUUUUCGGCUCUACGGUUCAUCAUCGAUAUCAUCCACAGUAUGGUGUUGCUGCAGGAAUGGGAGGAAAAGGAAUGAAACGUAGAACUGUACGAAGUUCUGUAUCGACGCAUCAACCAUUUGGCAUAUGCACAUGUUCAUAGUACAGCUUUCAAAAAAAUGUUAAAAUAUUCCUCUCGAAAUCAUAUCUGUUUCAAAAUGAUUUUGAAAAAUUAAAGCAAAAAUUAUAUAAAUACUCGCAUAUUUGUUUUUUGGCAAAACUACCUCACUUCUUCUUCACUUGUACUAAACACUCAGAAAAAAAAUCGAAAAAAUUCUCAACUCCACAAAUCACAUUUUAGUAAUAAAAAAAAUUUACUCAAACCACCACCACCACCACCACCACCAACCACAACCAACACAAAUCAACAAAUAUUUACACCAUAUUUAUAUGUAUAUUGCACCUUCUUGUAUAUUUUUUUAUAACGCCAUGUUUUACGAUAUGAACGAUACGAAUUCAAAAUUUUUCCAAAACUAAAAACACGAAAAUUUCAACAACGUCAACUCAUUAUAUAUUUAAAAAAUAUAUAUAUUUCUAUUUUGGAUUUAUUUUUACUUUUUUACAGUGUAAGAAAUGGCAAACAUUUUUUUAUUAU